AUGGCCCCGAUGACCCGGCUUCGUGCAGAUCAGUCUCAUCUUCCACUUCCAUUCGUGACAGAAUACUAUCGACAGCGCGCGAGUGUGCCAGGUUCACUUAUUGUUACCGAAGCCACUGUCAUCAGUCCUCGACACGGCGGAUAUCCCAAGGUGCCAGGGAUCUAUAAUGACUCCCAAAUUGCCGGCUGGAAGAAAGUUACUGAUGCUGUCCACGACAAGGGGUCGCACAUCUAUCUUCAGCUGUGGGCGUUAGGGCGUGCAGCUAAUCCUGAGCUUUUGGAGAAAGGAAACCACCCAUUGCUUUCUGCCAGCGACGUUCCAAUGAAGAGCGCUUUCAGUGACGAGAUGCACCGGCCUCGUCCGAUGACGGAAGAGGCAAUUCAUGCCAGUAUUUCUGACUUCACUGUCGCGGCUGAGAACGCCAUCCGUGCCGGAUUUAAUGGAGUGGAAAUUCACGGUGCGAAUGGAUAUCUUGUUGACCAGUUCCUGCAAGAUGUUUCAAACACACGUACGGAUAACUGGGGUGGAAGCAUCCAGAACCGAUCCAGGUUUGCUAUAGAAGUAACGCGCGCAGUUGCGGCCUCCAUUGGCAAUGACCGUACUGCAAUUCGCCUCAGCCCUUGGAGCAAAUACCAGGGCAUGCGAAUGGAAGACCCCGUGCCACAAUUCUCGGAUGUGGUACAGCAGCUGGCCCAGUUAAAGCUAGCAUAUAUUCACGCUUGCGAAUCGGACGCUAAAGACAACGGGGAAGGUCUCGACUGGCUGCUCAAGGCAUAUGGUGAUGCAAGCCCCGUUCUGGUUGCCGGAAAUUACGACGGUGCUUCUGCUCAAAAGGCCGUGGACUCUACAUACGCUGCUCAUGAUGUGGUAGUAGCCUUUGGCCGCCUCUAUAUCUCGAACCCAGAUCUUGUAUUCAAGGUCAAAAAAGGAAUCCCCUUUGCACCGUUCGACCCGGCCACUAUGUAUGGACAAGGGCCGGAGGGCUAUAUUGACUACGCCUUCAGCAAGGAGUUCAGCUCUAGUUAA